CGGUCACCCGCAAAUCUGUUUUCUCGAGUUCGUGAUUCCUCACCAAUCUACCAUGGCAACAGCGAAAGGGGCCAGCUCCACGCGCAAUGAGACCACAUCAUUCGCGGUGAUGAGGAUACCUGGCUUCAUACUCUCCAAUUGGAUCACGCUACCUUACUAUCGCUUUUACAGGCAAAACACGCUUCUCCCCAUAUUGUCCAUUGCGAGAAGUCUGAAAGAGAAGGAUAAUCCUAGAAACGUAUCGGAGCGAUUGGCGCACUGGAGAGACAGGAAGCUGAAUGAGUUGCAAUUUACCCAGGUGGCGGCCACCCUCCUAUCCGCGGCCGUCAUCGGCUGCUUUUCUUGGAUACCGCAAGACACAGAACACUGGCUCGGCCCAGCAGCAUGGUAUUCCAGCCUGGCACUGUCCCUCUUGGCAGUUCUGCUAUCUUCGUCCGAGGCCUUCAUCUUCUCGACGAUCAAGAAUUCGCCAAAUAGACCGGACCUAUCCAAGGAACUCAGCAUGAUCCUCAGCCUAUCCCACUCGUACUGGGAUGAGGAGAAUGUCAUCAUUCCAAACUUGGAGCGAAACGACAUAACCGAGCCUAGUCAAGGAUCUAGUAGAGAGCAAAGGGCGAGGAAACUACCCGCCGUUGAAAGACCUGUCAAGGUUGACAUAAGGUGGAAUAUGGUAUUCACUUGGCAGGCGCCGAUGAUGCUGAUGGCAUACUCAGUCAUUGGUUUUUUCAUGGGGCUAAUUAUAUAUGUCUGCACGCCGUUAUAUGACGGUACUGAGUUUGACGGGGGCAGUAAGGCCGCGAUCGUCUUCCUCGUGUGUCUUGCGUUCGGCGGUGCGGUGUUUGUGUGGUGUUCAUUUUGGGCGUAUAAAUUUGUUGACCUAGACGGGGAGUCUUAUUGAUGAAGAGUCGGAGACAAGGUACAUUGGUAGCUUUGUGACUUUGCGCUCUCCUGUUGACACUCCCCUUAGGCUCUGUGCUAAAGUUAACCCCUUGUCACCACACGGAACGGCGAAUCCCGUAACCCUCUUCGUAUUGAACAAGAUGCUGCCUUGGGGCACAGGCAUCCGAAUUUGAGGGAUGGGUACAAUCAUUUGGGGGGUGUUGUUUUGGUGGGGUGGGAUGGCAUUUGGCACUGGGG